AUGAUAAAAGGUACAGACACUACGAUUAUACAGUCUUUGACAGCACAUGUACUGUCAGCUAUAUCAACUGAGUCAUCACGUACAACAAUAACGAUCUCUACCUCGAGUGAAGCUCUUAGCCAACUUAAUUCUCCAGCUAUAACAUUUGUGGAUAUUUCAAAUAAUAUUUAUAUAGCCGAUACUGGAAAUGAUCGAAUUGUAAAACAUAUGACGACUGGAUUAGUUUGCGAUGAAACUGACGGUUAUUUUCGAACAAUAGUUGAUUUAGAUGACGGUUUUUAUCAUUAUCAAUUUCGAGUUGUUACGAAAUCCUGGUUUCAUACAGAACCGUUACCACCUCUUCUACUGCCGGAUUAUGAUACAGAUGAACAAUAUAGUACAAUGAAUGAAUAUGAAUGGAAAUAUGAUAACUGUCAUCUUCCGUUAGAUGAAGAACUAGUUAUUUAUGAACUACAUGUUGGUGAUUUUUCCGGUGGUGAGAAUGAUCGCUAUACACAUACACGUGGUCAGUUUAAGAAUGUUAUAGAAAAGGCUUUAUAUUUAAAAACAUUGGGCAUAAAUGCAAUUGAAUUAAUGCCUGUACAAGAACAUCCUAGCAAUUAUUGUAGGUCAGAAAAAAAUACGACAUGGGGCUACAAUCCACGGUAUCUAUUUGCAAUUGAAUCAUCAUACGGAACGACAUAUCAGAUGAAAGAAAUGAUCGAUGAAAUGCAUAAGAAUGGAAUUAGAGUUAUUUUAGAUGGUGUUUAUAAUCAUUCGGAUUGUUCCUCACCAUUAACUCAGAUUGACCACGAUUACUGGUACCAUCAUAAUCCAAAAGAUCGUAACUUCUCAUGGGGACCAGAAUGGAAUUAUUCAUUUUAUGAUCAGAAAUACAAAAUUUGGCCAGCAAGAAAUUUUGUUUGCGAUUCAGUUCGUUAUCUAAUUGAAGAAUUUCAUAUUGAUGGAAUACGAUUUGAUGCUGCCCGUCAGAUACAACAUUUUGAUUUCCUAAGAUGGAUGACACAGGAAGCAAAAAAAACAUCAGCAGCCCUUGGAUUUCAAAAAAUAUUUUAUACGAUAGCGGAAUUUUUACCAGAUGAACCAUGUAUCACAAAUGUUGAUGGACCGAUGGAUGGAUGUUGGCAUGAUUCAUUUUAUUGGUGUCUACGAGAUUGUCUGUUGUAUGAUAAUAUUGAUAUUGAACGUUUAAAAAAUGUUAUUGAUUGUCGACGACAAGGUUUUAUGGGAGUGACAAAUGUGGUUAAUUAUAGUGGUGAGAAUGAGUAA